AUGCCCAGGAUUUGGUUUGGUUCUGGUUUUGGUUUUGCUCUUUGUGCAUUUGUACGCUCCCCUCAGGUGGAGACCGGAGAAAAAGUGAACCAAGGCAUCCCAGCAGGCCGUGAUACAACCUCAGCGGCUCUGCCUGAGCUGAUCAACCAGCUCCGCCCAUGCAGACUUGCCGAGGCCCAGCAUGAGAAUUUUCCAACGACCGCGACGGCCGUGGCCAUGGGCCCCCGGUGCACCUGGCCCGUGCUGCUCCCGGUCGCUCUCCUCCUCCACGCCGCCCUCGCGUCGUCCGAUUUCCCUCUCGGCGCCAACUUCACCGCGCCCCUGGUCUACCAGCAGCCUGGUCUCGCCGUGACGACGACGGGCACGGUGCUCAGCGCGUCGCCGCAGCGGCCUGGCGGCGCCGCCGUCACCGCCGCCAUCAGGGUCGUGGCCGGCACGGGGGGCUUGGAAGGCUUGUCCAUGUGCUCCCUCGUUGUCCUCCUGGGCGACGUCACGGCCUGGGCCUCGGACCACAACGGCGUGACGUUCCUGACGCGGGGCCCCUGCCGGCUCGAGCUCACGGUGGACGGCGAUCUGCGGCUCACGGACGGCGCCGGGAUCGUCGGGUGGUCGUCUUCCACGGCAGGGCGACGCGCAAAGGUUCUGCACCUGACCCAGACCGGCAACCUCGUUCUCCUGGACGCCAAGAACCAGUCGGUGUGGCAAAGCUUCGACGAGCCAACGGACAAGCUGCUCCGUGGCCAGCAGAUUCGGCUGCCCUCCUCCCUCACCGCGCCGGUGACAACGAUCCCCUCGGCGUUCUACUCCUUGGAGCUCGGAGACCACACGGUCACCGCCAAUCUCCACGUUGCGCAUCGCAGGUACACCUACUGGGAGCUCACUGAUCCUAGCCCUAUCCGGAGCAUGGAGUUUGCGGAGAUGGACGUGCUGGGGCUGAAGCUGCUGGACGGGCAACGGCGACCGGUCGCACACGUCUCGCCGGCGAUCAAGGCGCCGGUCAGCUUCCUGGCGCUUGGAGACGAAGGCAAUCUCGGCAUGUACUCCUAUGAUGGCCAGGACAAGAAGUUCAGGCCAUCGUACAAGGCGCUCGGGUUCUGCCAGCUGCCCCUCGCCUGCGGCCUCCUCGGUGUCUGCUCCGCCGCCGGCAAAUGCAACAGCUUCUCCACCUACGGUGUCCAGCCGGUGCAGCUGCAGAUGCACGACCGCAGCAGUCAUAUCUGCAACGCAUCGGCCGUCGCAGACCAGCUCGACAUGGCGGUGAUGAGAGGCAUCGUCACGGUACUCAGGCCGGCCUCGCCGCCGACGACCAACGUGACGAUGGAGCAGUGCGCGGACUCCUGCCUGCGAAACUGCUCCUGCGCCGCCGCGCUCCACGUGGCGGCCGACAGCGGUAGCGGCCGCGGCCACCUCGCCACCCACCACGGCGAGUGCUCUCACUACGAGCUGACGGCGGGGGCCCGGGAGGUGAUCGGCGGCGGCCACCGGCACAGCUACCUGGUGAAGGUCCCAAGAACAAGAGCCUGCGGGCACGAAGACGAUGACAGCGCAAUCAACCGCGGGCUCACCAAGAUCCUGAUCUUCUUCGGGACGCUCGAUGCGAUCGGCAUGUGCAUAUUUAUAUGGCUGUGUGCGUACUACUGCAUCUAUCUCCAUGACAUCCCGGUCCUCGAGGACAAGGACGAGGAUGACGACGAAGGGGAAGCAGGACGCCGCCGAGGAGGCGUGUCGCAAAAUCCUCCUGCCAACAGUCAACCUGUUAUAGAACUGAACUGAUAAAUGAAAGAAUAAAAACGAGCGGAUGCUAGAGAAAUUGCAAUACUGUGGAUUUUCUAUAUUUGCA